GGAAAUAGUAACAACGUUUCACUAAUUACCGGUAAAUUCAUUUCCGGUUACGGUUUUUAAAGUUCCAAAACUACACUGUCUGUCAAAUUUGGAUAGCACAGAAAUUUUCGUCCUUCAUUUACAGCCCCAUUCGUAACAGUCAACGACCAUGGCAGACUCCCAGGCCGACAAUAACACUUGCGUAGUGUGUUUCAAGAAUGUCUUGUACUACUCGAUUGGCGAGUGCGACCACCCCGUAUGUUUCGAGUGUUCCACUCGUAUGCGAGUGCUGUGUUUGCAGAACGAAUGUCCCAUCUGUCGGCAAGACCUGGCGAGGGUCGUGUUUACGGACUCCGUCCUGCCUUACAAAGAAUUGCGCAAUCGUGUUUUUACGGACCGGUUGUUUGAAAGGCAGUAUAAGAUAGCAUUCUGUAGUCAGGAGAUAAAGAAUGCCUAUGAGGAACUCUUGGAGAACCGUUGCCGGCUCUGCAGCAAGUUGGCGCCGUUCAGGACCUUCACUAUGCUCAGUGACCACAUGCGGAAGGUCCAUGAGAGAUAUUUCUGUGAUCUUUGUGUUAAACACCUGAAGAUAUUUACAAAUGAACGGAAAUGCUACACGCGGCAGGAGCUCGCUCACCACAGACGAAAAGGAGAUCUUGAUGACACCUCUCACAGAGGCCACCCUCUCUGCGAGUUCUGCGAGGAGCGCUUCAUGGACGCAGACGAGCUGUACCGGCACCUCCGCAAGGAGCACUUGUUCUGCCACCUCUGCGACGCCGACGGCAAGAACCUGUACUAUGCCUCUCACGUGGCGCUGGCCCAUCACUUCCGGACGGACCACUAUCUGUGCGAGGAGGGCGAGUGUGCCGGACAGCAUCUUACCGCUGUGUUCCGGAGCGAGAUUGAUCUUAAAGCUCACAAGGCGACGGUGCACGGGCGGAACAUGCCGCGCGGCGCGGCGAGACAAGCGCGGACGCUGGAGCUGCAGUUCAACAUCACGCCGCACCCGCAGGCCCAGCGGGCUCCUAGGGACCGCGAGCGCGAAAUGGAGCGCUCUAUAAGCCCUCCGCCGCCCGUGCAGCAGGCGCCGCGCAUCGACACUCGCAGCGACGAGCAGUUCCCGCGCCUGUCGGCGGCGCCGCAGACGCCUAACCUCGUGCUUGGCGCCGGACAUAAGGCCUACAAAGGAGGCGACGGGCUGGCCCGCAACGACCGCAACUUCCCGGCGCUCGGCCCCGACAGCGGCCCGGCGCCCGCGCCCGCCGCCGCCUCCUCGCAGCGCGCGCCGCCGGUCGCCGCCACCAUACUGCGGAACUCAAAACCCAGCAUGUCAAUUCAGCUGCACAGCCAGCCGACCUCCGCGAGCAAUUUCCGCCUGACCCAGGCGUCCGGCAACCGCGUGUCCAUCCCGGCGCGGCGGCCGCUGUCGGACGACGACUUCCCCACGCUGCCCCCCGGCGCGCGCGACGACCACCCCAGCGUGGGCGCCGCCACACACCAGUCGCCCAAGGUCGCCAUGAUCAAUAGCCAAGAGAUGGAAGCUCUAAAGAAAAACACGUCUAACUCUCAACCAAAGAAGGCACCUCUCAGCAGCGAGGCCUUCCCCGCGCUGUCGGGCGGAGGCGCGCCCUCCGCGCCGCCGCAGUGGAUCACCAUCUCCAAGCAGAAGGAGAAACCCAAGCCCCGGGCCGACCCACCCCCGCCCAGGGAGCCUGUCUUCAACCCUGUUGCAGACUUCCCCGGCCUCCCCGUCAACACGAAACAGAAGGCUAAGAAAAUGCAGCAGCCGACGCAGCCGCAAGUCAGGCCGCAGCCCCAACCCCAGCCUAAGCCGCAGCCCGUCCAAAGUCCUCCCACAAACUCGGACGCCAAACUCACCAAGAAGGAGAAGAAGAAGCAGAACAGCGCGAGAAAGGAAAACGUCUACGAUAUAGACUUGACCCUCGUCAACGGAAUAGAGGAUCUGAAAUAUAUGGAUCCGAGCACGCUGGCGGCCUCGGCCCACACGCCCACUCAACACCGGAACAUCAAAACCAUAGACACGGUCACCGUCAACGAGAAAGAACGCAACGGGGGGAACGGUGAUUUCUCCUUAGCGGCCAAGGAGUUCCCGUCGCUCUCCAAAUCUAACAACGUAGUGCCCGUUAAUAACUUCGCGUUGCCAAUGAAAACUGUCCUGCAGCAGACUAAAAAGAAGGUGCCGAACGGCGUCCCGCCCGGCUUUAAAGCUAGGCCGGCCUGCGACGGGAUGACGUUUACCAACUCCUCGGGACAGACGUUCAACGCACCCGUACACUCGUACAUCCCGCCGCUGAAUUUCGAGAACAGGAACCGCGCGCUCGUGAACAAGUUCGCGGCCGCGUUGGGAAGUGCGGAGGCGAUGGAAGACUUCAAGGUGGCAUCGCGCGCCUUCCGGGACAGUCUCAUCAGCGCCGACGAGUUCUACGCGCACUGCGAGGCCGCGCUCGGGCCGCAGAUGGAGGCGCUGUUCGCGGAGCUGGUGGCGCUGCUGCCGGACAUCGGCAAGCAGCAGGAGCUGGUGGUGGGGCGCAAGGUGGCGCUGGACACGUGCGUGGCGUGCGGCCAGCUGCUGGCGGCCGCGGACCGCGCCGCGCACGACGCCAAGCACUGGCCGCCGCUCGGCUGCUAGCUCCCUCACCGCUCACCGGACGACCCGACACCGAGUGUGACCGAACUGACGAACGCGAAUACUUGGGAUCCGUUCAAAUCCCCCGAGGGCUUCCACCGUGACUGUAGAUAUCGUUUAGAAAUACCUCGUUGUACGCUCCCAUAACGGUUGAGACGUCUCCUGAGAUUGAACUCAAGAUCUCAGCUAACCGGUCGGUUUAUAUUUGUACCUUGGUGUCAUGGAAAAUUAACCGCAUCGAUGCAUGUUUACAAUAUGUAUCCUAAUUUGAGAGCUAAUUAAUAAUUUAGUGAAUGCGCUAAUGUCUGUAGUAGACCUUUAAUAAUUUUGAGCGGUAUGGUGUCGAGAUGAAUGAUAAUAAGAUAUAAUAUAUUUUCACUGAGUGUGACUCUUGUAAAAUAGCUAGCUACCGAAACUCUGUAGUGGUACUGUUAAGGUAAACGUGUAAUAAAUGUGAUAUCUUCGACAUAAAUACUGUAGUUGUACUUGCGGGUAUUGUUGCUUUUUAAUACGCGAGCUUAUGUACAUAGUGUAAGACGAUGUUUGGGCGUUUAUCAAAUUCACUCGAUAAAGACCGUAGUUAUACGUUGUUCCUACAUUGUUUACAGAAAAAAUCUUUGUUAGAAUUAUUCUCUAGAAAUCAUUCGGAAUUAAUCAAGGUAACACGAGGCAUACAUCAGUUAAAAAAUAAUUUAAAUGUUGUCUACCGAGGCCAUUUUGUUUGCUGUUUAUUUAAUGGGUACAUAAACAUAUGAUGUUUAGCUUUAAGUCGCAUAAUGGACGUAAUAUAGAUUGAUGUUAGGCCAAGCGCGCACCACGACUUUUUGUCUCGCGAUAAUUUAGUCGCAGAAAUGUAACGUAUGUGUUUAUAUGGCAGUGCGCGCAUAUGCGACAAAAAAUCGCAGCGAUUUUAAAAUUGUGAUUUGUCACAUUUUUCCGCGACUGCUCGCGACGCGAUUGUCGCAAAGUGAAUUGCAGCGUACGGAGUUGUAUGGCCCCGCGCGCACUGCGAUAAUAAAAUCGCACCCCGGACCUCAGUCGGCAUUUCGCUCUUCAAGCGUCAACAUAUCGGAACCUGCUUCUCCAAUGGAGUUACAAGAUGAGACGCUAGAUGUUGACCGUUUAAUUAUAGAAAUAGAAGGAGAUCGCCUUUGUGGUAUAAAUACCCAAAGUCAUACAGCGAUUGCAUAUUGUUUUACGACAAGCGACUGGUACGAAAUCCAUGUCGAGAAUGAACAAAUCGUCGACUUUUCAUCGCAGUGCGCGGAGUGAAUUUUCUGCGAUAAAUUACAGCGCGAUUCUAAAAUCGUGUCGCAAAAAUUAAAAUCGUGGUGCGCGCUUGGCGUUAAUGAAACAUUUCAGUUUGCUCCGUCACAUUAAAAGCUAUAAAUUUUUGAGUGGUCCUAGUUGGUCUAAAUUUAGCUCAAGCUGUUUUUAUAUUGCUUCAAAAUUCUAAUUUAGGGUGCUCUAAUGCUAAGUUUUAAAUAUUUGACGAAUUAUUUAUGGUCUCAAAUAGAUAAACAUCUAAGAAACCUUUGUACAUAUAUAAGGCCCAAUUUACACAUUGAUUAAUGUAAAACGCGAGUUUAAACAUUUGCUACAGUAUGAAUAGUUUACACAGUAAGUACAUAUUGUGUUUGCGAGUAGCAAAUGUAUGAACUUGCACUUAACACUAAUCUGUGUGUAAAUCGGUAAAAUAUAAUUUGGUAUACCUUUAUAAAUUACAUGUAGUUAUUGAUUUACUGAUGGUUUUUUAUUUAUUUUGGUUAUGAAUACCUAGUUAUGAUUUUGUGCCUUAUCAGAAAAUCUAUAUUUCUGGGCUCAUACUAGGCUGCGUGGUAUCUUCAGUUGAUAUUUAGUAUCGACUUUAUUCUGUUUAAGGUACAAAAUCACAAACAGGAAUUCAUUAAUCAGUAGCGACUCUAAAAAUCCGCUACAAAAUUUGUAAUCCGAUAAUUGGUACACGUAUUUCACCAUUAUUCUAAUAAUACAUUAGUACACAAUUACUUAUACUGAUCAAAUUACACCAAUACAAUGAUUGUAAUUGAUUAUCCUGUAAUAUAUGUUGUCUUGUUUAGUAACACAAUGAUGACAGGCAGUGGUUUCUGCAAUUUUAUUUUGCGGGACUACUUGUAAUCAAGGGAAUCUGAAAUUAAACAUUUAAUGUAUUGUUGUCGCUUUUCUUAAUAUCUACAAUUUUGAAACUUACUUCUGAGAAAUAAGAGUCAAAAUUGUAUACUUAUUACUAGACUUCGUAGAAUAAACGUGAAAUACAUGGUUACCAGAAGUAACCGCUUUGAUAGUUCCAAAGUACACAGUCCUAUUAAAAUCAUGUGUGAAAAUUUACCUUUUUAACUGACAAAUUGUAUAUUUGACUUGCACUAACGCUUUCCUAGCCCUACUUGUUAGGAGAAUUAGUAUUUAAAGGUCCAAUUAGCCUAGCACUAGCACAGUCAAUUUGAACCCACCGCAUAUUAGGCGAUUCGAUUCAACGCCCUCAAUCACUGGGAUUACCUUCUGCACAUGGUUUUGCUUCUCUUCUUAAAGUGUCUUACCGGCCUAGUUUUUGCUUUUUAUUUUCUUUCGUGUGAAUAGUCAAGUGUACUGUACACGUGUGAAUGGUGUGGUAAUAAAAAAAAAACUUCUCUAAAUGUCCCUUUUACUUUGACCAUGGUAUAAUAUACUCCGCCUGGUACUCUCUUCCCGUCUUUUCUAGGUCACCUGACUGACACAAGCCUACGUCAUCAUGCGACAGCGCUAUAUGAUAAUAUGCGAUAGCGCUAUAUAUAGCGGCCAUGUUAUUGUGACGUAGGCUUGUGUCACUCUGGGAAGAGAAGACCAUGUUUUAUUAGACUAUGACUUUGACGAUGCCAAAUGUGCGAUGGGCUCAAAACUUGCUUGAAAGAUAAUUAUGUUCCUAAGUACAUUCUUUGUACCAAAAGGUUAAGGUUCCGUCACACAGGCGUGGUAAAACGCUCACGCGCCACCCGGAAAAUGCGCCUGUGUGACGAAGCCUUUAUUUAUAGUACAAUCAAUAAGUCUUUGAUUCGAGUAUAAGCACUAAUUCACGUUUUUAUUGGGUGUGUCCACUUCAAGCUUGCCAGUUCAGUAAACAUGCUUACUUAUGCGUUUUUUUACUUGAUAUAAAGACAAAAUUCAUCUUAAUAUUUUUUCGUUGUAAGUUUAUAAAUUUUCAAGAUGACAUCUCUCAUUUCAAUCAUCUCAAAUAUAGUAAUGUAUAAAAAAUAUAGCAUCGCAACGGACUAACAAUGUGAAAUUGUUUAAAAACAAAAUCCUUAUAUUUUUGUACUGUUCGAGUGAAACAUGUUGUAGUAUGUGUUAAAUAUUUCUGUUAAAUAAUUUUAUUGGUUUUAUUAAGCUUUCAAAUUGUACUAAUGUACGGACAAUAUAAAAUGUAUAAGUAAAGACGGAACUGAGAUUAAAAUAAAGAAACAUUGGUCUCUACA